CAGCUACAGAUGUCGACAACCGGUACUCCGGGCUUCAUGCAUUAUAAUACACCUUAGGACCGACUAAUAUGACCCUUACUGCCUCCCCUACGCCAUUGCCUUCGGGCCAGAGGAGUGCGAGUAAUCGCCAGCGGCCAGCAUCACUACAUGAUCUCCACCGCAGAACGGUAUCAAGACAUAUCGGCAGCAACGGAUCGCCACAUGGGAAUUCGGUGGAGAUUGGGAACAUGGCUGAAGAUUUAGCGCGAUCGAGGGCGAUUUCGGCGGGAGAUAGCUCAGACGACGAUGAUUUUCCAGAGCCCAUCAAGUUCAGCGCGUCGGUGAAGGCGUUGCUAGGGGAGGAUGCGUCGGGAUUGGACACGUCGCCGAGAAGAGGCACCAGAGACGGAUCGGAAAAUCAACCUUAUCAGAGGGCGGACGGUCGAAGACAGCAUGUGAAGCAGGUCAGAAUUGCGUCGCCAGAUCAGCGGGCCAGCGCGAGUCCCCCGCUGAGGAUUGUUCGUCUUGGAUCGGAGUCGCGCCGCUCACCGAGUUCGCUUGGGGGAGAAGCCUCGAUUUUGUCAGGAAGAGGAGAGAGGGAGUAUCAUGUCCCUGAGGGGAAUCGCGAUGAUUUUAUCACCCCGGCACCGCGGACAAGAAGUGUUAGGAUUGCGACAGGUUCGAGGAGCACGACUCGCUCUCCGUCAGCAUCACUACCGUCAGCCAAUGGAGGCUCAUCUAGCGAUGCUAGUAGGGUUGAGGAGCGGUCCUUUUUGGAGGAUGGCAUGAAGAGCGGCCAAGACGACCGUAGUUAUGCUCGAGCUGGGAUGGGAACGGUACCCCGAACAAGGGCGGAAGUCGAGACUGGAAUUCAGGGUUCUCUACGAGUGAAGCGUGUGGGCAAAUUGUCAGGUUCCUUUCUUAAUGGUCCUGCAAGGAGAGGCGUCCUCCGGCGCCAGAGUGAGGAAGAGCCGCGCGCCGAGCAUCAGGAAGAAUCAUUCCUUGAUUCUGGAUCUCGCAACAGAUAUGAAGAAUCUCAGGAACCGUCGCCAUUGGAAGAUUCUAUGCUACGGAAUAAGCGGUCCUUUGAGAGCCGGCGCGAAUCUCCACGAUUUUCAGACAACAAUGUUGGCGCGUCAUUAUCUCGAACUCCUCAAUCCAUACCAAUCCGACAACGAUCGCUCCGAAACAGUGGGAGUGGGAGUGUGAGCGCGUUGGAAAGUGGCUCCCCUCGUUCCCAUCAUCUCAAUUCCUCGUCUGGAUCCCGGCAGCGCCGGUCACCAAACGUCGAUAUUAAUCCAGUAUAUCGUGUGCCUUCGCCGCCGGAGCUACCGGCAAAACAUGAUCAGGAGAAUGGUCCACCGCCUACAUUUAAGAGGAGUAAACCUGAAGGGUUUGGACUGCUAAACAAAAUCGAGAAGUUCUCAGUUCUACAUGAGGAGGACAAAGGCGCCAUCAAGGCCGCGCCAGAGACAGUAUCCCCACGGAAGCCACUAGGGAAAGUCAGCAACAAUACCCCUCGCCGACCUGCUCCGCCUCCUCCACCUAAAAUGAGUGUGCUGGAAACCGCUACCGCCGUUGCCGGGGCCGCCAGCUCCUCGCAAUCUAAGAGAAAGCGAGCGCAAGUAUCUAUCAACCGAAAGGUCUAUACACGACUAGACUGCAUAGGCCGUGGUGGUAGUUCACGAGUCUACCGCGUGAUGGCUGAAAACUGUAAGAUAUUUGCGCUUAAGCGGGUGCACCUAGAGGAUGUCGAUCCCCAUGCAUUGGCUGGCUACAAAGGAGAAAUCGAUCUUUUGAAGAAGCUGCGGAAUGUCGGGCGCGUCGUUCAACUGUUCGAUUGGGAGAUCAACGAGGAGAAACAUGCACUAAGCGUUCUUAUGGAGAUGGGAGAAUCGGAUCUCCAUCGGAUCCUUACGCGCAAAUUGAAUACCGAGGAUGCUGUUUUCGAUCCGGUCUUUGCUCGAUUCUACUGGAAAGAGAUGCUGGAAUGCGUGCAAGCUGUACACGACUUUGACAUUGUCCAUUCCGAUCUCAAACCUGCGAAUUUCCUCCUGGUUCAUGGCAGGCUCAAGCUUAUCGAUUUUGGGAUUGCGAAUACUAUCCAAGACCACACUGUCAAUGUGCACCGCGAACAGCAAAUAGGAACUCCGAACUACAUGGCUCCUGAAGCUCUUAUCGAUUGCAACGCUGCCCUUGGUCUUCCUGCCACUGCUGGAAAAAUGAUGAAAUUGGGCAAACCGAGUGAUGUGUGGAGCUUGGGGUGCAUACUCUAUCAGAUGGUCUACGGCAAAGCGCCUUUUGCCCAUAUCGCCAAGCCCCUUGAACGGAUCAUGGCUAUUCCCAAUCCUAGAGUACCGAUCAAUUAUCCUCCAGUCGGCGUGGGUAACGUAUCCGUGCCAUCAAACGUUCUGCGAACGUUGAAGGAGUGUCUGCAACGCGAUCAGGCACUUAGGCCAACGAUAAAGCAAUUACUCAGCCCUAACGAUCCGUUCUUGUAUCCGGAGACACAUUUGGAGGGUACGGUUCCUAUAACCGAGGAGAUGCUGGGCAGGAUAUUGACUAACGUUGUCAAUCAUUGCCGUGCUCGAGGACCUCCCACAGCCCAAGAAUUGGCGGGGUGGCCGGCUGGGUUCUUUACAAAGAUUAAAGCUGCCAUGGAAGAGGAUAGAUGA